GUACCCAUAAGCUCCACCUCCAGUUUCUAAACUGGUUCUUCCGGCGGCUUCUGGUCUUUUCAGCUUUUGUUCGCCAUCGUGGUUACUGUGCCUUCCAGAGCUUCCCAUCAUGUCUUCUCACAAGACUUUCAGAAUCAAGCGGUUUCUGGCCAAGAAACAAAAGCAAAAUCGCCCCAUUCCCCAGUGGAUUCGGAUGAAAACUGGUAACAAAAUCAGAUACAACUCCAAGAGAAGACACUGGAGAAGAACCAAGCUGGGUCUGUAAGGAAUUGCUUCAGAUGCCCACAUAUUUAUGCUCUACCAUGAACCAGUCAAGCUGAAACGUCAAUACUGCCUGGACUGACAGUUGGGCAUUUUUUAAAUUGAUUUUUCUUUGGUUAUUUUAAUAAUGGGCACAGUAAUAAACAUGUAAUAAACAUUA